AUGGCCCAGCCCUACCCCCCUGCCCUACCCCCGCCGCCUCAGAACGGCAUCCCUGCCGAGUACGCCCCACCCCCGCCGCACCCCACGCAGGACUACGCGGGCCAGACCCCCGUGCCCGCCGAGCACGGCAUGACCCUGUACACACCAGCACAGACGCACCCCGAGCAGCCGGGCACCGAGGCCAGCACGCAGCCCAUCGCCGCCACCCAGACGGUGCCGCAGACAGACGAGGCGGCACAGACGGACAGCCAGCCGCUCCACCCCUCCGACCCCACAGAGAAGCAGCAGCCCAAGCGGCUACACGUCUCCAACAUCCCCUUCCGGUUCAGGGACCCCGACCUGCGGCAAAUGUUCGGGCAAUUCGGGAAAAUUUUAGACGUGGAGAUCAUUUUUAACGAGCGAGGCUCCAAGGGCUUUGGGUUUGUAACUUUUGAAACUAGCUCAGAUGCUGACCGAGCCCGGGAGAAGCUGAAUGGCACCAUCGUAGAGGGACGGAAAAUUGAGGUCAACAAUGCCACAGCCAGAGUCAUGACCAACAAGAAGACCGGGAACCCCUACACCAAUGGUUGGAAGCUAAACCCCGUGGUCGGUGCCGUCUAUGGGCCUGAAUUCUAUGCAGUGACCGGCUUCCCCUACCCAGCCACGGGCACGGCGGUCGCCUACCGGGGCGCGCACCUCCGGGGCCGGGGCCGGGCCGUGUAUAAUACGUUUCGGGCUGCACCACCUCCGCCUCCCAUCCCAACUUACGGAGCGGUCGUGUAUCAGGAUGGAUUUUAUGGUGCUGAGAUUUAUGGAGGCUACGCAGCCUACAGAUACGCUCAGCCCACGGCAGCCGCCGCCGCUUACAGCGACAGUUACGGCAGAGUGUACACGGCCGCCGACCCCUACCACCACACCCUCGGCCCCGCGGCGACCUACAGCAUCGGAACCAUGGCUAGCCUCUGCCGAGGAGGGUACAGCCGGUUCACCCCCUACUAG